AUGAAUAAGAUUGAGAGUUAUGAGCCUGGACCGGCAUUUCAGGAGAGCCAGAGUGGAGAGCAGGGUAAACCUGAAAUCCCGUUGUCUGACUCGACAGAACUUUGGCUAAUACAGUGGCCUCUAAACCAUGUAAAUGCUUCUGAUUUUCACGGUGAAGAGGUUUCUCUUACGCUUCAUCACAAUGGAAACUUGGGAAAUUUGGAAAGUCCUUCGGGGACAUCGUAUGAACCCGUCAGCUUUGCUGCUCAACAGCCGGAUGCUACUGUCUUCAUUCCAUCAGGAUCUCAAAUGAAAGCUGUAGGCAAAAUUUCACGCAGAGUUUGCUUGGUGCGUUACCCUGAACCUGAGGAAUUGGAGAAAGAGAAACCAAGUUUUGGGAGUCUUCUUACACCUGGCAGUAGGAGAUCUGCAGCUGUCAAUACGUUAGAUGAGUUAGGCAGAGAUUUUGCUAGAUUUGCUGAAUGA